AUAUUUUGAGGCUUUGGUGGCUUUUGCAAUUAAUAGGCACUCUUUCACUCUGCAAGCAUUGCCUUUGGAUAUUGGGAAAUGAAGCAACUUUAAAUAAAAGGUGCACUAUUCGGAAGGAUUUAGCCAUCGACGCCAAGAAGCAGGGGGUGUUUCUACAAUGCUGAUGAAGACAAAAGCUUUGCUCAGGCUAUUACAAUUGCCUUGGUUGAACAUAACCAAAUACACAUUUUACUCAACAUGGAUUCCUUUCUGUUCAAAAAGACCAAAUGGAAGCAAUGACUUUUUGAAAUCCAUGUUGAAAGUUGAAAAUGCUGAGACUUGUAAAGAAGUGCUUACUUUAUUGGAAAAUCUUGCAAAUGGUUGGCGUCAACCUCUCAAAAUGAAAAAACUCUUUUACCAUCAUGGAACUUCUUCCCAAUUAUUAGAGCAGUACAAGGUCAAUGGGUUGCUAAAUCUUGUUUGGACGGUUGACAUACUUGAGGAGAAUUCAUAUUACAUUCAGAUUUUGAAGGUCUGGGACAUUUUGCCAUUAUCUAAAAUGCCAAGACUAGCAAAUCAUCUUGAUGUCUUAUUUGAGAAUUACACAGUGGAUAAGAUGAAUCGCUGCAAACACAAAAGUCUCACCAGGUCUUUGGUUGUUCCAAUGAGAUAGUCGAUUGGCUCAAAUAGAUGUACUAAUGCUGAUCCUGUGCAAUCAAUAUCAGAACCAUUGGCUUCAUUCAGUAUGAGGGAUCAUUCAGAAUCAUCAUCUACAACUUUUAAAAAUAAGUCUACUAUGGGGAGAAGUGAUGUCACGAAGUGGUUAAGAAAUUUUCCUGAUGACUAAUGAA